UCUGCCUGCCGCCCGCGAGUAUGUCACCUACAGUCGCCGUGGCAGCCUCCGCCAGCAGUGCCCGCGUCCCCGCCUCCCGCAGCCGCUGCCGCUGCCUGGGACAGUGGCCCCCAGACCCCCGCCCCUGAUCCACGCCCAGACCCGAGCGCCCGAGGACCAUGGCCGGCCAGGGCGACUGCUGCGUCAAGGUGGCCGUCAGGAUCCGGCCCCAACUGUCAAAGGAGAAGAUUGAGGGGUGUCACAUCUGCACUUCUGUCACCCCCGGGGAGCCCCAGGUCCUUCUGGGGAAGGACAAGGCCUUCACCUAUGACUUUGUCUUCGACCUGGACACCUGGCAGGAACAGAUUUAUUCGACCUGUGUGAGCAAGCUCAUAGAGGGCUGCUUCGAGGGCUACAAUGCCACGGUGCUGGCCUAUGGGCAGACGGGGGCCGGGAAGACGUACACUAUGGGCACUGGCUUCGACACGGUGACGUCGGAGGAAGAGCAGGGCAUCAUUCCGAGGGCCAUCGCACACCUCUUCGGGGGUAUCGCUGAGCGCAAGCGGCGGGCACAGGAGCAGGGCAUGCCUGGGCCCGAGUUCAAAGUCAGCGCUCAGUUCCUGGAGCUCUACAAUGAGGAGAUCCUUGACCUGUUUGAUAGCACACGGGACCCUGACGCCCGCCACCGCAGGUCCAACAUCAAGAUCCACGAGGAUGCCAACGGCAGCAUCUACACCACGGGUGUCACUUCCCGCCUCAUCAACUCUCAGCAGGAGCUGAUCCAGUGCCUGAAGCAGGGGGCCCUGUCGCGCACCACGGCCAGCACGCAGAUGAACGUGCAGAGCUCGCGAUCCCACGCCAUCUUCACCAUCCACCUGUGUCAGAUGCGCGUGUGCGCCCAGCCCGACCCGGUGAAUGAGGUGGUGACCGGGCUUCCCGAGGGCACCACUCCUUCCAGCGAGUACGAGACACUCACCGCUAAGUUUCACUUUGUGGACCUGGCCGGCUCCGAGCGGCUGAAGCGGACCGGGGCCACCGGCGAGCGGGCCAAGGAGGGCAUCUCCAUCAACUGCGGCUUGCUGGCCUUGGGCAAUGUUAUCAGCGCCCUGGGGGACCAGAGCAAGAAGGUGGUACAUGUGCCCUACAGGGACUCCAAGCUCACUCGACUUCUCCAGGACUCGCUCGGGGGAAACAGCCAGACCAUCAUGAUCGCCUGUGUAAGCCCCUCAGACCGAGACUUCAUGGAGACACUCAACACGCUCAAAUAUGCCAAUCGGGCUCGCAACAUCAAGAACAAGGUGGUGGUGAACCAGGACAAGACCAGCCAGCAGAUUAGCGCGCUGCGGGCCGAGAUCGCGCGCCUACAGAUGGAGUUGAUGGAGUACAAGGCGGGCAAGCGGGUGAUUGGGGAGGACGGCUCUGAAGGCUACAGUGACCUGUUCCGGGAGAACGCCAUGCUGCAGAAGGAGAACGGGGCGCUGCGCCUGAGGGUGAAGGCCAUGCAGGAGGCCAUUGACGCCAUCAACAGCCGCGUCACCCACCUCAUGAGCCAGGAGGCCAACCUGCUCCUGGCCAAGGCCGGCGAUGGCAACGAGGCCAUUGGCGCGCUGAUCCAGAAUUACAUCCGGGAGAUUGAGGAACUGCGGACGAAACUCCUGGAGAGCGAGGCCAUGAACGAGUCUCUGCGCCGAAGCCUCUCUCGGGCCUCGGCGCGGAGCCCAUACUCUUUGGGGGCGUCUGCGCCGGGCUUCGGGGGCAGCCCAGCCAGCUCCAUAGAGGACGCGAGCGAGGUGAUCCGCAAGGCCAAACAGGACCUGGAGCGGCUCAAGAAGAAAGAGGUCAGGCAGCGGAGAAAGAGCCCAGAGAAGGAGGCCUUCAAAAAGAGGGCGAAGCUCCAACAGGAGAAUAGCGAGGAGACGGAUGAGAACGAGGCUGAGGAGGAGGAGGAAGAGCGAGAGGAGAGUGGCUGUGAGGAGGAGGAAGGGCGUGAGGACGAAGACGAGGACUCGGGCAGCGAGGAGAGCCUGGUGGACUCGGACUCAGACCCUGAGGAGAAGGAGGUGAACUUCCAGGCAGACUUGGCCGACCUGACGUGCGAGAUCGAGAUCAAGCAGAAGCUGAUUGACGAGCUGGAGAACAGUCAGCGCCGGCUGCAGACCCUCAAGCACCAGUAUGAGGAGAAGCUGAUCCUGCUGCAGAACAAGAUCCGAGACACCCAGCUGGAGCGGGACCGCGUGCUCCAAAACCUCAGCACCAUGGAGUGCUACACAGAGGAGAAGGCCAACAAGAUCAAGGCAGACUAUGAGAAGAGGCUUCGCGAGAUGAACCGGGACCUGCAGAAGCUGCAGGCCGCCCAAAAGGAGCACGCACGUCUGCUCAAGAACCAGUCGCGCUAUGAGAGGGAGCUAAAGAAGCUGCAGGCCGAGGUGGCUGAGAUGAAGAAGGCCAAGGUCGCCCUCAUGAAGCAGAUGCGGGAGGAGCAGCAGCGGCGGCGGCUGGUGGAGACCAAGCGGAACCGGGAGAUCGCUCAGCUCAAGAAGGAGCAUCGGCGACAGGAGUUUCAGAUCCGAGCUCUGGAGUCCCAGAAACGGCAGCAGGAAAUGGUCCUGAGGAGGAAAACCCAGGAGGUUUCUGCACUGAGGCGCCUGGCCAAACCCAUGUCUGAGCGGGUAGCAGGGAGGGUAGGACCGAAGCCCCCCAUGAUGGAUUCGGGGGCUGAGGUGUCAGCCAGCACCACCUCGUCUGAGGCCGAAUCGGGGGCCCGCUCCGUCUCCAGCAUUGUGCGCCAGUGGAACCGCAAGAUCAACCACUUCUUGGGGGACCACCCCACACCCACUGUUAAUGGCACCCGUCCUGCUAGAAAGAAGUUCCAGAAGAAGGGGGCCAGCCAGAGCUUCAGUAAGGCUGCUCGGCUCAAGUGGCAGUCGCUGGAGCGGCGCAUCAUCGACAUUGUCAUGCAGAGGAUGACCAUUGUCAACCUGGAGGCCGACAUGGAGCGGCUCAUCAAGAAAAGGGAGGAGCUGUUCCUCCUGCAGGAGGCGCUGCGGAGGAAGCGGGAGCGGCUACAGGCGGAGAGCCCAGAGGAGGAAAAGGGACUGCAGGAGCUGGCCGAGGAGAUUGAGGUGCUGGCCGCCAACAUCGACUACAUCAACGACAGCAUCACAGACUGCCAGGCCACCAUCGUGCAGCUGGAGGAGACCAAGGAGGAGCUGGACUCCACAGACACGUCGGUGGUCAUCAGCUCCUGUUCUCUGGCCGAAGCUCGCCUGCUGCUGGACAACUUCCUCAAGGCGUCCAUCGACAAGGGGCUGCAGGUGGCCCAGAAGGAGGCCCAGAUCCGGCUGCUGGAGGGGCGGCUGAGGCAGACAGACAUAGCGGGAUCCUCCCAGAAUCACCUGCUCCUGGACGCCCUGCGUGAGAAGGCCGAGGCGCACCCCGAGCUGCAGGCCCUCAUCUACAACGUGCAGCAGGAGAAUGGCUAUGCCAGCACGGACGAGGAGAUCUCAGAGUUCUCCGAGGGGAGCUUCUCCCAGUCAUUCACCAUGAAAGGCUCCAGCAGCCAUGAUGAUUUCAAGUUCAAGGGGGAGCCAAAGCUGUCUGCCCAAAUGAAGGCUGUGUCAGCCGAGUGCCUGGGGCCCCCGCUGGAUAUCUCCACCAAGAACAUUACCAAGUCCCUGGCCUCCCUCGUGGAGAUCAAAGAGGACGCCGUGGGCUUCUCCGUGCGAGACCCCUACUACCGGGACAAGGUCUCACGCACCAUCAGCCUGCCCACCCGAGGGAGCACCUUCCCCCGGCAGUCUCGAGGCUCGGAGACGUCCCCUCUGACCCGGAGGAAGUCAUAUGACCGAGGGCAGCCCAUCAGGUCCACAGACGUGGGAUUCACGCCCCCCUCGUCCCCUCCCACUCGGCCCCGUAACGACCGCAACGUCUUCUCUCGUCUCACCAGCAAUCAGAGCGCAGGGUCGGCGCUGGACAAGUCUGAUGACAGCGACUCCUCUUUGUCGGAGGUCCUGAGGGGCAUCAUCUCCCCGGUUGGUGGAGCCAAGGGUGCGAGGACGGCCCCACUGCAGUGCGUCUCCGUGGCCGAGGGCCACACCAAGCCCAUUCUCUGCCUGGACGCCACAGACGAGCUGCUCUUCACAGGGUCUAAAGAUCGCAGCUGUAAGAUGUGGAACUUGGUCACGGGGCAGGAGAUCGCAGCUCUGAAGGGCCACCCCAAUAACGUGGUCUCCAUCAAGUACUGCAGCCACUCGGGGCUCGUGUUCUCCGUGUCCACCUCCUACAUCAAGGUGUGGGACAUCCGGGACUCAGCCAAGUGCAUUCGGACCCUCACGUCCUCAGGCCAGGUGAUCUCAGGGGACGCCUGUGCGGCGACGUCCACCCGGGCCAUCACCAGUGCUCAGGGGGAGCACCAGAUCAACCAAAUUGCCCUGAGCCCUUCGGGCACCAUGCUGUACGCCGCUUCGGGCAACGCCGUCCGCAUCUGGGAGCUCAGCAGGUUCCUGCCCGUCGGCAAGCUGACCGGCCACAUUGGCCCCGUGAUGUGCCUGACGGUCACCCAGACGGCUGGCCAGCACGACCUGGUGGUGACCGGCUCCAAGGACCACUAUGUCAAGAUGUUCGAACUGGGAGAGUGCGUCGCCGGCACUAUCGGCCCCACGCACAACUUUGAGCCCCCGCACUACGACGGCAUCGAGUGCCUCGCCAUCCAAGGAGACGUCCUGUUUAGCGGCUCCCGAGAUAAUGGCAUCAAGAAGUGGGACCUGGAGCAGCAGGAGCUCAUCCAGCAAAUCCCCAACGCGCACAAGGACUGGGUGUGCGCCCUGGCCUUUGUCCCGGGCCGCCCCAUGCUGCUGAGCGCCUGCCGCGCGGGCGUCAUCAAGGUCUGGAAUGUGGACAACUUCACGCCCAUCGGCGAGAUCAAGGGCCAUGACAGCCCCAUCAACGCCAUCUGCACCAAUGCCAAGCACAUCUUUACCGCCUCCAGGAACUCCAGCUACGUGCAGAGGACACCGGGACUUUUGGACCUUCUGCUCUAUGUUUCUGCCCUUGGCGCCUCUUCCUUGUGGCCAAGACAUUCCUGUCAGCAAUGUGAGAUCCCGGUGAGAGGCAGCUGCUGCCGAGGCCUGAGCGCAGCCCCCCUCGGCGGCUGCCCCUGAUGCAGAGAAGGCUUCCUGCGCCGAGGGGCCCCCGCUGAACGUGGUGCUGAAGGACACACCCUUGCCGGCUGGUCACCUGGAGCCCAGGUCCGUGACGUGGACUGACCGUCCUCCUGCACACCCAUCCUGGGGUGCCAGCCACUCUCCAGCCACUGAGCAGCCAGCACAAGUCCUUCCCUGCCCUCCCUUCCCACCGAACAGAAAAAGCUCCACCCUGUGACCUGUGAGAAAGAACCCCCUGCAUGACUGUUUACAAACUGUAGAAACACAAGACUGUGCAUCCCAGGGACCGGGCCGCCGGCCUGGCGUGACCGCAGGGUGGCGAGGCCUGUUCCUGCAUGGAUGUCAUGUCCAGGCCUGCGAGAGGUGCUCACGUCGCCCAGCUCUGCUGUUCUGGCAGGCCUGCUACCUCAGGGCGGGCCGGCUCUGCUGUCCUGGCAAGUAUCACUGACUCUAAACUUGAAGCCCUUCGGGAGUCCCCGAGCCCCUCCGAGCUUUGGAGGCUCUGCCCACCCUUUCAGGGAUGUCCAAGGUCACAGUUAGGGGCAGGCCCCUAACUCCACUCGCUGCACACGCCCUCUAAAUGUUGGAAGCACAAGAUGGUGGUGGUUUGAGCACACUGGCAAGGUCGCGGCAGGUCAUCAGGGCCACCGCCCUGCUUUGGGGUCUGAGAUCAGACUGAGCUUGUGCACAUUUGGGGGUCCUGCCCUCCUCAGACCAGGCCUUGGCCCAUGGCUUGUCCUGAUUCUGGGACACACAGUACUUAACUCUUCUGUGCCCUUCCAAAAACGGGAGGCUGGGCUGCUUCUGCAUGCCAUGGGCCUGGGAAGAGUCACCUCUCCAGACCCCCUCACCCCAAAUCUUGAAAAGCCUGAGUCCAGGCUGGGGCCAACCCUACUGAGCCUAAAGAGUCUGGACCCACAUUCCCUGUGUCCCGGGCCAAGCCCUUGUGAAUGCUUCUGAAACUGACUGGUUCCCUGGAGAGAAAGUGUCUUCCUCCCCAUGGCGCUCAGGCCUUCCCCUCACUGGCCUGUGUCCAGCUCUGCCCUCAGUAUUGACCAGUUCAGUGUUUGCUGGGUGACCAGCUCCCUGGGGCAGCCAGAAUUCCCAGGGUGGGGCAGCUAGGGCUGCCUUUGGAGGUUGCAAGGAAGAAGUGAAGGCUCAGGCUCAGGCUCAGGCUCAGGCUCAGGCUGGCGCACCCAAGCCUUUGAGGUGGGCAGGGUGCCAGCUUCAGGCCCUCCGGAAGGGACCCCUGAGGACCUGAGAGUGUCUCCCUACCCUCACCAUAGCUUUAGCCUAGGACACCUCCCUCCUUCCAGCCCACUGCCCUGGCCUACCCAGGACUGCCUGCUGCUUGGGCUGGGGGCGAUUCUAAGCACAAACCACUGUAGGGAAGACUUCCCAGCCACGUGAGAUGGGGGGGACGUGGGCAAGUGGGUGCCACUAUCCUCUCUGUCACAUGAUCUGUCCUGACUUAGGGCCUCCUCUUGCGCCAUUUGGAUGGAUGUGGGCCCCUGGGGUAUGCCACCCCUGCCCAAGCCGGUUGUGUUCACCGUGGCUUGUGGGGGCAGAGCCUGCCCUGUAGGGGGGUGAGAGUUCCUUCCCAGGAUGGCCCACGCCCAUGGUGUCUGUCCCUUACCAUCCCAAACAGGAAAUGCCUGCCACUCACUGAGCUUGGCCAGCCUCCAGUCCAGGCUCAGGAGCCAGGCUUGGCCAGUGCCCCCCACAGGCCUCGUGGGCCUGGCCUGCCUCUCCUGGUGUCCAGAUCCUUCGGGCCCUCUCACGCGCAGCAACAGAAUACAGGGAAGUUAUGUACCUUCCAUUCUGGUUCUGUGCCUCUUCCCCACCUAUCCCUGGCACUCAGAUGAGUGUCCCGCCCCCACCCCACGCCAGGCCAGUCCGUUUAAACCCACGUCCAAGGGCCUUGCAGAGCCGAGGGGCAGAGAACAGCUCUGAGGGAAUGGGGCUGCCUGCCCACCAGCUCUCCCCUGCCCUCCGCUCCGAGUCUAGCACAACGUGUAUAUAUGUUUUGUAUCUCUGCCAAUGACUGUACAUAGUGUAUGAAAGUUAUUUAAGCCUCAUGCUGUACAUUUACGUUGCUAGACUGGGUGUGCGUGUGUGCUAAGAAGUUGUCAUAAAUAAAACCCAAAUGACCAUU